AUGCCGGUCGCGGAGAAGGAGGUCUUCGUUCGCGACACUUAUCCGGUACAGGGAGCGCAGUCAGAAGGAACCAAGUGUUGCGUUACUCUCCUAGCGUCUACUUGGCGCUCCUGCAGGCGAAACUGUGACCAUCCGUUUAACUGCCGUUGUAGAGUUCAACGAACAGCUCCGUUCAAACAGACCUCCGAUGUAAUUGCUCAUCAGCGUGGCUGCUGGUGUUCCACGAAGCCUUGGACAUUAAAGUCAAGGCUGUGUACAGGGCACACGCAACGGAGGCGCCGCGGCAGACGCAGCCAUCGACACAGAUGCGUCCCCUGAGAGCUCUAACCACGCGCAGGUCUCAGGUCUGCGGACAGCCGGUUCCAAUGUGUUUUGGUAUUACCAAGUGCAUCGUCGCUCUGUCAUUCACCGCAUGCAUUACAGCGAUGCCGAUGGCAUGCGGUGUUGUGCCUGGUGACCGCGAAGCAGUCGUCAGCUGGAGUCAACCGACAACGUCGAGCAGGGACGCCAUCCUGCACCGGGUCCUUUACAAGCCCAUGGGGAGCCUUCUGAAAAACUGCGCGAUCGAGGAAACCGAAGAGAUUGCGGUGACUACUCGGCCCGGACUGAGCAGCGUGACGCUGAGGAGACUGCGCCCGUACACUGUGUACAGAGUCACUGUGGUCGCCAUCGGCGCCACAACAGUGCCACUACUGGACACCACCUUUCACACUAAGGGUGCAGCUCCCGAUGGCCCGCCCCGAGAUCUGCGACACUCGACGUCAGCGGCAUUGCUCGAACUGCUCACCUGGUCAGAGGUUGCGUGUGACCUGGCCAACGGCGAGAUACGCAGCUACCACUUGCACUUGCGCAGCCCCGACCCCUGGGAGACGGCAACGCACGAGCACAACGCCACCUCGAACGCGCACACCUUCGCCCACUUGGCUCCUUUCACGAGGUACACCGCCAAGGUCUUCGCUCAAAACGAUGCCGGACGUUCGCCGUACUUCGCAUCUGUAAAUUUCACCACCGCCCCAUUCCCUCCGCCUCAGCCGACGGACCUGUUGGCGUCGGACCUGACCCCGGACAGCGUCCGCGUGUCGUGGAACGCUCCGUACCCCCCGCACGGCAUACUGGAUCACUACCGGCUCCUGUUCUGGCGCGGCAGCGACAAGUCCAAGGCGACGGAAAUAACCAUCGUGCACGAGGAAUGUCGCCGCAGGCGCCUUUUCGUUGCGAGGCACUGCUAUACUGUCAAAGGUCUGGAACCCCGCCGCGUCUACCGAUUCUCGGUAAGGGCCACCAACAAGGGAACCUCCUAUUCGCCCUACUCCGUGGAGCUCCAGAUAAAAACUAAGGAUUCAGGGCCUCCCCGGGACCUUCACGUUUCAGAGCGCACGGAACACAGCCUGAGGAUCCUGUGGUAUGCGGCCGAUGGCAGGAACGAAGAAUACAGGACGUACAUGGUCAAUUCCUCGUUAAUUCACACCUUCGACGAGGGUUUGGAACAAGUCUCGCCACCGCAGUCGUCUGUGCUCAACGGAUCCAAAGAGAGAGAAUUUCAUCUUUCCGGGCUUCUCCCCGGAUCGACGUAUCUAGUUUGCGUUCAAGAAAACACAACCGACGGCUUCGGUGAAGCGGCCUGUGCGAACUUCACCACUAGGCCUUCCAUUCCUGUGAUAAACCGAGCACCAAGAGUGGACGCGGUGGACGGCAACACUGUCACCCUCAGUUUGGCUCCUGUCGACUUCCGCAAAGGGCCAUUGACUGCCUACUACUUGCUCGUCGUGAAGAAAGUGCACGAAGUUGUGGCACCUAUAAGGCUUCUCAACUUCAGUUCAGCGGAAGACUUGCACCUCGGUUACUACGUUGGAGCCAGUUUCACACCGGAGGAAGUCGGCGACGGGAUACGGUUCGUCGUAGGUGCUGGAGACACCGUCGGCGGCUUCGCAAAUCCUCCACUCGAAGCCGGUGCUCCGUACAGCUUCGGGUGGGCAGCCGAGACAAAUUUCUCGGGUGAAACCCUGUACGGCUACCGGCUCACCGCGCCAAUAAUCGGCAAGUAUAUUCUCCCGCCUUCUCUCUUUCGAGCAAAAUCAACCGAACAGAAGGCGUACCAUGAAGUUUCACGGAGAAUUCGUUAG